AAGUGCGUGAAAGCGGCGCCGUUCCACCUCUGGAAAAAAAAUUAGACGUAAAUCGUUACUCAAUAUCGGAAUUUCCCGCUGUCCGUUGGAAGUUCAAAAAUCCAAAAAUCCGACGUAUGCCUUGUCACCUGCAACUCAAAAUCUCAAAGGUAUUGCCAAAAUGCACAUUCCAGCAUCUGAAACAAAUCCAUGCCGUCAUCAUCGCAGCUUCGCUCAUUCAAAACACCCAAUUCUUCUCCAGAUUUCUUCGUCGAUGCACCGAAUUUGGCUCCAUGGAUUAUUCAAAUCUCAUUUUCUAUCAAAUGGGUCGUGAUUUGAUCAGAGAAACCUUGCUCUGGAAUGCCAUGAUUAGAGGAUACGCAUUCAACGGUCCUGUUGAGAAAUGUAUAUCAAUGUUCGAUGAAAUGCCUCGGAUAGAGCUAAAACCGGAUAACUAUACGUAUCCAUAUGUGUUGAACUCCUGUUGUGAACUGGGGCGUAAUAGAAAAGGAAAGAAAGUGCAUUGUCAGAUUAUGAAGUCUGGAUUUGAGUCCAGCUUCGCAGUCGCCUACUCCCUUUUCAACAUGUACACAAAAAUGCCUGCCUCUAUUGACAUGGGGUUGGCCGACGACUACAAAUUGAUUGAUGCCCGCAAGGUUUUCGAUGAUAUGUGUAUGAGGCCGAAAGAAGUAUGGAACAGAAUGAUAUCCGAAUAUGUAAGUUUCGGUGAUGUGAGGUCCGCGAGAGAGUUGUUCGAAGCUAUGCCAGAAAGGGAUGUCGUUUCGUGGAAUUCUAUGAUUUCGGGUUAUGUCAAAAAUGGAGCAGUAGAAACUGCAAGAGAAUUGUUUGAAUGGAUGCCAGAGAAGAACGUUAUUUCUUGGACUAUGAUGAUAGGAGUGUACGCUGAUACAGGCGACCUUGAAACAGCAAGGUCGAUUUUUGAGAAAAUGCCGCACAGGAACGUGGUUUCUUGGAAUUCGGUGAUUUCCAGCUAUACCAAGCAUGGGAAAUUUGUGGAAGCAACGAAUCUUUUUGUCCAAAUGUACUCAGAAGGUGUGAUACCAGAUGGAUAUACCUUUGUUGCUGUUCUGUCAGCAUGUUCAAACUUAGGAGAUCUGGAGUAUGGGAAAUAUAUACACUCUUUAAUUGGAGAUUUCUUUCAAUGGGAAGUCAUGGUAGGGACUGCCCUCAUAGAAAUGUAUGCUCGUUGUGGAGACGUUAAUAGAAGUUUCGUGGUUUUCUUUAAGAUAGCAAAUAAGGACGUUUUUUGCUGGAAUGUUAUGAUCAAAUCUUUAGCUAUCAAUGGUAGAACCAAAGACGCUGUGAAGAUUUUCCAUCUGAUGCAGAAGUCACAAUUGAAGCCAAAUCAUUUCACAUUUACUAGUGUUUUAUUUGCUUGUAGCCAUGGAGGUAUGGUAGAACAAGGUCGCAGAAUCUUCUAUAGUAUGGAGAAACAAUAUAACAUAAGUCCGAAGAUUGAGCACUUCGGUUGUUUUAUUGACUUGCUUAGCCGGAACGGUCAGCUUGAAGAAGCAAUGCUUGUAGUGAAUAAUAUGCCCUAUAAACCUGACAUUGCUAUAUGGGGAGCUUUGCUUGGGGGUUGCAGCACAAGAAAUGACUUGAAGUUUGCAAAAGAGGUGGCAGAGAGAGCUACUGACUUGGAAAUAGAAGAAUCAGGAGUCUACGUGCUCUUGUCAAAUAUUUACGCUUCAGUGGGUCAGUGGCCGGAGGCUCUAGAUGCCAGAGGGAAGAUGGAACAAAAGAAGAUGAGGAAGGAAACAGGAACUAGUCUGGUUUUCUAGGAUGUUUAUUCCUCGUUGAAAUCAUGGAAAUAAAAUUGAAAGGCAUCAUUCAACCCGAGUUGCAGCAUCCUUGGGUGAUGAUUGUAUGAAGUGUAGGAAUUUUUUAAAGAGAUUAUUUUUACCAAAUAAUUCUUUUUUUACCACCUGAAGACCG